ACGAUCCUCCACUCCAAUCCAUCAUCAUCGUCCACGGGACCUUCAUUCCGAUCUGUGAGAUCUCUCUCUCUUCUUCUUCUUCUUCUUUUUUUUUCUUCAAUCUUAUCGCAUUGAUUCUGGAACGUGUAAUUCUCGUGGGCUUUGGGAUCAUUCAGGAUCAGACAUGGCUUUCCUUGUGACAUCCUUAAUAUUCGCUGUCGUGGGAAUCAUUGCUUCGAUUUUCACAAGGAUCUGCUUCAACCAAGGCCCCUCCACCAAUCUGCUACAUUUUACUUUGGUCAUUACAGCCACUGUCUGCUGUUGGAUGAUGUGGGCAAUUGUAUACAUUGCACAGAUGAAGCCUCUCAUUGUCCCUAUCCUGAGCGAGGUUGAGUAGAAACCAUCUGCUCCAACCAGGCAACCCAAUGCACGGAUUUGAUUGUCUGCUCGCUCUUCUGUGUAUACCUCUUCAAACAUAUUUUUUUUGUUAUCCCUAUCGUGGUGUGGAACGAACAAUACCUUUGCCUCUCUUCACUGUUAAAUCUUGUCUCAUUCAUUUUAUAUGACAGUCUGCAUCAUACUCAAAAGACUAUGCCAGAGAGUAUGUAUUAUUUGUUGAUGAAAUAAAAAUCUUUGGAGGAA